CGAAUGUUAAUAUUAAAGGAAGCCCAGCAGAGGGGGGAAAAGCCUAGGCAAUUCUACCGUCAAAGAGUGCCGCUUUGGAUAAGUCACUGCCCUUCUCUAGAACUGAAUGAGAAGACUUCUCGGGGCUCUAGACGGUAAGAAUUUUUAGGAUAACGGCAAGGGACUGGCUGAUCAGCGAGACCCCUUCCGUUGGGCCGUCCCUCUCCGAAGUGGCAUCCGGAACCUUUCUGCUGUGCUUUUUGCCCGGACGUGCCGAAGCGGAGGCCGGAAGUCCUUUGCCCGGACGUUCCGGGUUUCCUGGACUACUACAAUGGCGAUGAGUUUCGAGUGGCCGUGGCAGUAUCGCUUCCCGCCCUUCUUUACGUUGCAGCCGAACGUGGACACUCGGCAGAAGCAGCUGGCCGCCUGGUGCUCGCUGGUCCUGUCCUUCUGCCGCCUGCACAAACAAUCCAGCAUGACGGUGAUGGAAGCUCAGGAGAGCCCGCUCUUCAACAACGUGAAGCUACAGCGCAAGCUUCCUGUGGAAUCAAUUCAGGUUGUAUUAGAGGAACUAAGGAAGAAAGGGAACCUGGAGUGGUUGGAUAAGAACAAGUCUAGCUUCCUGAUCAUGUGGCGAAGGCCAGAAGAAUGGGGGAAACUCAUCUAUCAGUGGGUUUCCAGGAGUGGCCAGAACAACUCCGUGUUUACCCUGUAUGAACUGACCAAUGGGGACGACACAGAGAAUGAGGAGGGCUCAAGAUUUGUGGGCGUCAGCUGAAGGGAUUGGGCCAACACCCCCAUCCCCACCCCCAGGCCUUUUAAAUACUUUGGUUUCUGGCCAGGCAAGGAUUUGUAUACUGUUUGAUUUUUACAUAGUGUAAAUAUAUUCUUAGCUCUUUUAUCUCUGGCUUCACAUUCUGAUCCCUAGGCUCACCAAAAGUUCCAAUCUCAGCUGGGCAAAAAAGGGCACCUCCCCUUUCUGCCAGGCUCUGGCUGCCGUAACAGAGUUUACAGCUCUUGGCUGUUCCCCCCUGCCCUGCAGGCCUCUGCUUGCUACUCCCACCAUCACCCCAUGACUUCAGUGCUGCAGCCUUGCCCAGCCCACCACUCGUGCUGGGCAAAGCUAAAGGCUUCCUCAGAAAGCAAGCUCCCUGACUCAAGAGGUAGGCCCCCGUAGGGGGGGUGAGGUGUGCGAACCUGUUUGGGCUUGCCACCUGCUUCUCACCUCUCCCUGCAGUAUCUUGCCAUAUCUUCAGAUACUCAGCUGGCCCUUGGCUCCCAGCUUUGUUCCUUUUAACUAGGUAAGGGUAGAUACCUGUGCUGGAUCUUAACAGUCUCCUGGUCAGAGGUAUGGCUACACUUCUUUGUGUUAGGACAGGUGCUCCUGAUGGCAGUACUAGGGUUGGACCCUAAUGGGUCCAACUAGGGUCAGAAUCCAGUGACAAGGACCUUGACCUUCCUAGGCUUCACUGUCCCCUGCUCUGUGGUCCACAAGCAGGUAAUGUCAUUCUUGUACAUCAGACACUCAUGGUGCAGGGGUGGGGGAUACAUAUGAGGGUUGAGUCUGACAGAAGAACCUGGACAGGGAGAAUAAGCAUGAAUCCUCAUUUCAUGCUGACUCAGGCUUGCUUUCAGCCCUUGCUCUAAGGAGUUUGCAGGAAGGGUUGGCAGCAGCCACAGCAGUAUCGAUGGCACAUGUCUCCCCUGGCUUCAGGGUCUCAGCUUCCAGCUAGACUCUGCUCCUCAGGGGCCUUGAGCCCGCAGAAGCAGAGUAUCCCUGAUCCCCAUCUCUCCCU